AACUAAAAAAUGACAAGACAUACCCAAAGUUUUGUCUUAACUAAUUUAUUCACCACUUCCUCAUACUUUCAAGACUCUUUCCUCUUCAAUGGAUCUUCUCCUCUAUCAUCCCCUCAAAUCCACCCCUUUUCUCCACUCUCUCCCCUCAACUUCCUCAUCAAGAAAUAGACCCUUUCCCACAAAAUGGAGUAAAACAGCUUUACCUUGUGUUUGCUCAUCAAAAUCAUCAUCUUUGGAUGUUCCAGAAAAAAUUCUCUCUCAGCAGAAUGAAGGAAGAAGGGCAAUUAUGGGGUCUUUUAUUAUAGCUUCUGCUGCUUUUUGUCUUUGUGAUGUGGCUGGAGCUACUAGCACAAGUAGAAGAGCUCUUAGAGGAGCAAAAAUACCAGAGAGCGAAUACACAACCCUUCCUAAUGGUCUAAAGUACUAUGAUUUGAAGGUCGGAACUGGAGCUGAAGCCGUGAAGGGAUCUAGAGUUGCAGUCCACUAUGUUGCUAAAUGGAGGAACAUCACAUUCAUGACAAGUAGACAAGGAAUGGGAGUUGGUGGUGGAACACCUUAUGGAUUUGACGUUGGUCAAUCAGAGAGGGGAAACGUCCUUAAAGGAUUAGAUCUCGGUGUUCAAGGGAUGCGAGUAGGAGGACAGCGCUUGCUCAUAGUUCCUCCCGAACUAGCUUAUGGGAAAAAAGGCGUGCAGGAAAUUCCUCCAAAUGCAACAAUUGAGAUGGAUAUUGAACUGCUGUCUAUUAAACAAAGCCCAUUCGGAACUCCUGUAAAAGUUGUUGAAGGAUAGCCACAGUGUUCACAUACUUCAUGUUAUAUUGAUUUGUCACCUGCAAAAGCGCUCAGCCUAUUGUAUAAAUUUUCAGAAUACUAAGAGCUCUGCUUCUGAUUUGGUAUUUUACCAGGAAAUUGUCGUUAAAAAUGUUAGUAUUGUAUAGUUCAAACUCAUUCUCACA